CACAAAUAUAGAAAGGAAAGAUGGUCCAAAAUAGUGUGUAUGUUGAGAUUGCAAUCUUUGUUUCUCUCUUUCUCUUCCUUCUUUCUGAUCAUAUAUAGUGCUUAAUGCUUGUUGACUUGGUUUAUGAAGCGGGUUGUAUUUUUUUUUUCCUUCUUUAGGCUGCUAAAAAGCAGAAAAAGCGAGAAUUUUUUGUUGUUGUUUCCGUGAAGAAAAACAGAAGAGAGAAAAUUUUGUAGUAUUAUGGGUUGUUUUCGUUGCACUGCGAAAUCAAUCAAGGAUGAUAGUAUCACCAUCAACUAUAAUAAGAAGGAUCGUAACAGCAAAAUAGGUGAUCGAAGGCAAACCACUUCAGAUACAUCAAGAGUUGCUUCACACGAUAUUGAAAAGAAAGGGGAGGUUUCGGAGGAUGACCAAUUAUCUAGGGAUGUAAAGAACUUAAAUUUCAAGGAUGGUACAAACGGUGGCAAGAGGGCAGAGACAUUUACAUUUGAUGAACUGGCGGCUGCAACUGAUAAUUUUAGGUCAGGCUGUUUUUUGGGUGAAGGAGGUUUUGGCAAAGUCUAUAAGGGCCACUUGGAUAAAAUUAACCAGGUUGUUGCUAUCAAGCAGCUUGAUCGAAAUGGAACACAAGGAAUUAGAGAAUUUGUUGUUGAGGUGUUGACACUAAGCUUAGCAGACCACCCAAAUCUUGUAAAAUUGAUUGGCUUUUGUGCUGAAGGUCAUCAGAGACUAUUGGUUUAUGAGUUCAUGCCCUUAGGAUCUUUGGAAAGCCAUUUAUUUGAUAUUAAAUUUGAUAGAAAACCACUUGAUUGGAAUACAAGGAUGAAAAUAGCAGCUGGUGCAGCUAGGGGCCUGGAAUAUUUGCAUGAGAAGAUGAUGCCCCCUAUUAUAUACCGUGAUCUGAAAUGUUCUAACAUAUUGCUUGGUGAGGGGUAUCACCCCAAGUUAUCUGAUUUUGGCUUAGCUAAAGUUGGUCCUAGUGGGGACAAGACACAUGUAUCCACAAGGGUUAUGGGCACGUAUGGGUACUGUGCACCGGAUUAUGCAAUGACUGGUCAGCUGACAUUUAAAUCAGAUAUUUACAGCUUUGGUGUUCUCCUUUUGGAGCUCAUCACUGGUCGGAGAGCAGUUGAUCAAACAAGUGAUAGAAAGGAGCUAUAUCUGGUUACAUGGGCUCGACCCAUGUUCAAAGACCGGAGGAACUUUUCCAAAAUGGUUGAUCCAUUGCUUAGAGGCCAUUAUCCUGCAAGAGGUUUGUACCAAGCUCUUGCUAUUGCUGCUAUGUGCAUUCAGGAGCAGCCUAACAUGCGGCCUGCCAUAUCUGAUGUUGUAAUGGCUCUGAGUUAUCUUUCGUCCCAGAUAUGUGAUCCCCAAAACCGUCCAGCUAGAAGCACACAAAGGAACCCACCUCUUCUUGUUCAAGAAAUCGGUGAAAAUGCUGAUCAAAGAAAUGAUGGCAAUGCAUCUCCUAGCUGCAACUAGGCCCCAAAAAAGAUGAAAUCGGGAAUAAAAUGGUCCAUACUUUUCUCCAUUGUUUAUAUGUACACAGUAGGGCCUUGUAAUCAAGUUUUGUUGCGUCAGAAGAUAAGAGGUGUUACUGGCAUACAGGAAAUUUACCCUCCUCACUACCAUCUCUGUUGUACAUGUCAGCUAGCUGAGAUUCUUCAUCUACAGAUGCCUAUUUGCUGAACCUUUUUUUUUUCCCCAUAAAUAAUAGUUUAACUCCACUUUUUACUGUAA